AUGAAUAAACUCGACGAACUCAAGCAUAACAUCACGGAGGUGGCGUUGAAGAACGGUGAAAAGCAAACAACCACCAAUGGCGCCAUAUCCCGCGGACCGAGCCCUAACCGUGGUGCCUCUGUUCGCGAUGUCGAAGCGAUUGGCCCAGACUCAGAGAGCCGGCGCGAGUGGCAGAAGAAGCGCGGCAUCGACCUCUCCAAGCAGGUCAGGAUCACCAAGUUAAGCCACAUGCGAUAUCAGCAUCCCGAUUUGAAUAAGAUCACGACGUUUCUGAGAGACUUUGGCAUGCAUGUGACUAAGAAAGGCGAGAAUGAGCGUUGGUUCCGUGGCUACGGCCCUGACCAAUACGUCUACUAUGCCCGCCAGGGACCCACGAAAUUCCUGGGAGGUGCUUUUGAAGUCGAGUCCAAGGAGGAACUUGAAAAGGUCUUGAAACUCCCUGGCGCCACUGUCCUCACGAAUGGUAUCGAAGAGAUGAAAGACGCCCCUGGAGGAGGGUAUAUCGUCACCAUCGCUGAUCCAGAGGGAUUCCACGUCAAUUUCAUCUACGGACAAGCACCGGUCAAGGAGGAGCGGCAGAAACCGGUUAAAUUGCUACUGAACGACGAGUCAGACAAGCCGAGAGCGAAGGCUUUCCAGAGAUUCCAGCCUGGACCGGCCGCUGUACACAAGCUGGGCCAUUUCGGCCUCAACGUCGACAACUUCCCCGAGACGAUGGACUGGUACACACGCCACUUCAACAUCUACCCAAGCGACAUUCUCUACGUGCCUCAAGAUUCCAUUGACCCCGCCACGGGCAAGCCGGCACGCAAGGAGGUCGGCCUCUUCGCUGCCAUCGACCGCGGCCAGGAAUGUGUGGACCACCACACCUUCUUCAUGACCACCACCGUUCCCGGCAAGGAGAAGCAUGUCCACCACUCCUCGUAUGAAGUGCACGACUUCGACACUCAACUCCUGGGCCAUCAAUGGCUCGCAGAGAAGAAGUACGAACCUGUCUGGGGCGUGGGGCGACAUAUUCUUGGAUCCCAGAUCUUCGACUACUGGUGGGACGUUUCGGGUUUCAUGGUCGAGCAUUACGCCGAUGGAGACCUUGUUAACGAGGACACACCGGUCGGAUAUGGGCCCGCAGAGCACGAAGGACUGGCGGUUUGGGGCCCCGAGGUGCCGCAGACCUUCUUGGAGUAG